AUGGCCACACGAACCUGCGAGCCAGCGGCCGAUAACAAUUUUGGGCCUGUAGUAGCGAUAUGUGCUCGUUUGUUCGACUUUACGCUUCUUUUUGAGCAGAGCAUCCUGUCAAUCCCGACUGAUUCUCUGUUUAUCAUAGUGGCAGGAUGGAGGAUGUGGCAUCUGUUAUUCACCGCUCGCAAGGUCAACCCCAAUCGACUUCUGUCUGCAAAGCUGCUGGGUAUAUUUGGGGUGAUUGGUGCGACUCUUACUGUUCUCAUCCUGGAAAUCACAGACGCACGCACCUUGACGCACGCGUCGAUACCGUCGGCGGCCGUUGCGCUCGUGGCAUCCGCGAUGCUUCCAGCGCUGUCAUAUUUCGAGCAUGUCAAGUCGAUUCGGCCCUCCACCUUACUCAGCUGCUAUCUUAUGCUGUCCUGCCUCCUCAGCCUCCCAGAGCUACGCACUCUUUACCUAUUGCCCGGUACACAUGUAUCUGCCGCGGCUCUGACAGUGGUGAUCUGCUUGAAACUUUACCUUCUGGUGCUGGAAGCACGAACCAAGAGGAAGUAUCUUGCGCCAGCCUAUCGGGAUCUUCCCCGGGAGAUGACUUCCGGGAUAUUCAACCGCAGUCUGUUCAUCUGGUUGAAUGCUUUUUUCUGGUCAGGCUUCCGACGUCCAGUCGGCUCCAGGGAUCUCGGGGUCACCGACAGCCAGCUUCACUCUGAGGCCUUGCAUGACGCUGUGAGGCGUGAAUGGAAACGACAGCAGCUCGACUGCUGUGCUCCGUUGGCAAAGGCUCUGUUCAGAGCUCUCAGACGGUCAUGUCUCGCGCCUGUUCCUGCUCGACUAUGCUACGCAGCACUUUUAUUCGCGCAGCCGUAUCUGAUUCAACGGACGAUCAAUUUCUUGCGAGAGCCGCCUACGAGGAUCGGAGACGACAUAGGCUACGGUCUCAUUGGCGCGACUGCGGUGAUAUAUCUUGGAAUAGCGAUCUCUAACAUGUGGUAUAAACAUUUGGUCUACCGAAAUAUUGUCGUUGUUCGUGGAUCCCUCGUAUCUGUGAUCUACUCCGAAUCAUUGGUGCAACUUCACAACGUGGGGGAUCCACAGGCUGCAGUGACACUGAUGAGCACCGACGUCGAUCGUAUCUGCCAGAGUCUCGCCUUCAUUCAGGAGAUAUGGUCUAGAGCCUUGGAGUUGGGCGUUGGAAUCAGCCUUCUAGCUCUUCAGAUUGGCUGGAUCUCCGUAAUGCCCGUCGCGGUGGUCUUCAUAAGUGGUCUGCUCGAUGCUUGGAUCACGACUUCAAUUGGGGCGCAAGCAGGAGCAUGGGCCGCUGCUGUACAGCAGCGUAUAUCAUUAACGGCCGGCGUCUUGUCUUCUCUGAAGAGUGUACGGAUGCUGGGUAUUGAAAAACCUAUGAGUCGAAUGAUUCAGGACGAGAGACACAAUGAGCUGAGAUUUCAAGCCAAGUUUCGUUGGUCCACCGUCUGGCUCAACACGAUAGGAAACGCGCCCACUGCUCUCGCUGCCGCCAUCACUUUUACUACCUACGCAAUAAGAGCACGAGUGGACAACGCGCAAUCGCUUGAUGUUUCUAAGGCAUUCACCAGUUUAGCACUCAUUUCCUUAGUAACGACGCCAGCAAACGAGCUUCUAAGUGCUGUUCCCUUCACCGUGUCGUGUUUUGGAUCGCUCAACCGCAUUCAAGAGUAUCUGGUAGGAAAAAGACGCCAAGCUGGGAAAGGGAGCAUAACCACAGCAGACUACUACCCGCAAGACCAGACUCGCAUCCCUCCGGCGGAAAAAUAUCAAAGCAAACCCAUCGCUCGGCUGCAUAACGUGUAUCUGAUGGAUUCUUCGGACGAAAAGUCAAAUAUCAAGGGAAUUGAACUGGAACUCUAUCCGAGUUCGUUGACCAUUAUUACGGGACCGAGCGGCAGUGGAAAGUCGACCUUUCUCAGGCGUUUCAUUGGCGACUCUCAAUAUGUUCGCGGGACGCUCUCAGCUUUUAGCAGCAAAGUAUCAUAUUGUCCUCAGUCACCUUGGCUUGUCACCGCGACCAUUCGAGAGAACAUAUGUGGGCUCGAGCGAGCACCGGUCGACACGAGGUGGUACACGGAAGUUGUGAACUCAUGCUGCUUGACCCCUGAUUUCGUGGAGAUGCCGAAUGGGGACCUCACGGUGAUCGACGGCCAGGUUGCAAGAUUGAGUGGAGGUCAAAGGCAACGAAUUGCCCUCGCGAGGGCACUCUACCAUCGGCCAAAAUUGAUUCUCCUUGAUGAUGUCCUCAGUGCGCUCGAUGCAGACACGGAGGCAAAGAUAAUGGAAAGACUGCUCGGACCCAGAGGACUAUUCCAGAGACUCGAUGCUGCUGUGGUGUUGGUCACACACGCGAUCAAGUACGAAUCAGCAGCAGACAAUAUCAUAUCUAUCAAUCAUUGUCGGAACAUUAGUGUCCGAACGGACCUUCAAGCUCAUACAAGAAGUAAAACCCCUGGCAACGAUGAAACCUGCUCACACGGUGAGAAAUAUGACCUCCAAACGGAUGAAGAUGGGCUUCCAAAGAACCAGGCUCCAGAUCGUCCUGGCACGAAUGCCACAGGAGAGGGCAACUACCGACUUGAGCGGACUCAGAAGAAGAAACUUGAUGGCGAUCUUGCUGACUACAUCUACUGCUUCAAGUCGGUUCGCGGGGUGUGGGUGCUCAUAUUCUUCACAUUUGCCUCAAUCAAUACCGUGUGCUACUACACGUCCCAGGUUGUUUUGCAGUGGUGGACAGCCGACAAUGGCCAGCACGAAACGAAGUGGAUGCCACUCUAUGCUUGCUUGGCUUGUGGCAACUUGCUUUUCUUCGGACUCCUCUGCUGGGCCAUGUUUCUUCGACUGGUGCCACAGUCAGCUUCAUCGCUGCAUCAGAUCCUACUCGACUCCGUCAUGGGUGCGCCGUAUCCCUUCUUUGCAAGCGAAGAUGGACAGGUGGGGACGAUCCUCAACAGAUUCAGUCAGGACCUGACCGUGGUUGACACGCAGCUUCCCACGGGAUUACUUUGCACGGUGAUCUAUCUCUUUUGGACGUUCGGAUCGCUUGCUCUCAUAUCAACCGGUUCUCGCUACAUGGCGGUAAUUAUCCCGGUGGUUUUUGUGGUACUCUACAUGUUGCAAAAAGUCUACCUUCGAACAUCUCGACGCUUGCGGCUGCUGGACCUCGAGAUGAGGAGUCCACUGUACUCACAUUUCCUUGACACUCUCGCUGGUCUGUCAAGUAUCAAAGCAUUUGGUUGGGAGCACAGAUUUUCAGAAGAGAUGUUUGACAGACUCGACACCUCACAAGUUCCAUACUAUCUUCUGAUCUGCGCUCAAAGGUGGUUGAAUCUAGUACUCGACCUUAUCGUUGCGGGCCUCGCGAUUAUUGUUGUCACGAUGGCGGUCAAGUUGAAAGGUGCUUCGGAUCCGAGCUCGUUGGGCCUUUCGCUCAACAACAUUUUGAGCUUCAGCGAGAUCCUCUCGCUGCUGCUGCAGUUUUGGACGCAGCUUGAGGUCUCGCUCGGAGCCAUUACGCGUACAAGAGAGUUCGCCCGAAUAACUCCAGGUGAGAAAGCACCAGAGCCAGAUGAGGAAGGCUCACGUGGACGACCGAGUUCCGCAUGGCCUGAGCACGGAGCCGUUGAAAUCCAAAAUCUCCAAGCUGGCUUCACCAGUGACAAGAUGAUCCUGGAGGGAAUAUCCUUAUCAACUCGUCCCGGAGAGAAAAUCGGUGUCUGCGGUAGGACGGGAAGUGGAAAAAGUUCCCUCCUCCUCGCAAUCCUAGGUCUCCUCGAGCCCUCAACAGAAAGUUCGCUGUUGAUUGAUGGAGUUGACCUGCGGAGCGUGUCUAGAGGCAUCAUCCGGGAACGCAUCAUCACUAUCCCGCAGGAUGUGUUCCUUUUCGAUGGGAGCGUUCGACAAAACCUUGACCCCGGUGCGGCGUACACCGACACACAACUGAUAGCAGUUUUGUCGAAAGUCAAGCUGUGGCAUCUCAUUCAGACACAGGGUGGCCUGGACUCGGCUAUGAGAUCCGACACUUUCUCUCAGGGGCAGAAACAGUUGUUCGGGGUAGCACGAGCGAUUUUAAAGACGUCAACACCCGCAAUUCCUGUUAAUACAGCCAUAUGUGGAAUUCCUAACGAGUCCCAUGCCGCUGCAGCAGGAGGAAAGGUUGUUCUUCUUGACGAAGCCACCAGCAACGUAGACCGUGAGACCGACGCGUUUAUGCAACGGAUCAUCCGCGAAGAGUUUGCCACGCAUACGAUCAUUGUGGUAGCCCACAGACUGGAUACGGUCCUUGACAGCGACCGCAUUGCCGUGCUCGACGGAGGCAAGUUGCGAGAAUUGGACACGCCUCAAGCGCUUUUGGCGAAAGAAGAUUCGGCGUUUGCGGCAUUGUAUAGAGUGAGCAGAUGCCAUGCGACGGCUGUGGAAAGUGAGGGGGCUUCGUCAGCCACCCAUGGGAUAUCAUCAUUGUAA